CUUUUAUAUGACACGUCAUCGACCCGCGACGCUUCUUUGUAAACAAGAACAAGAAACCACCCGUACCAAAACAGAGACGAGAGAUGGAUUAAUACAUGGAGAAUCUAGUUAAGGUGCACGGUGGGGGCGGAUAUGACUCUGAUUUCAGUGGUGAUGAUGAUGAAGGCGGAGGAGAGUCGUCUCUGCGAGGCAUUAAAAGGAAACGAGAGGAUGAGAUCCUCCAGAAGCCAUGGCAGAAGGAGAGGCACUCCAAGGUAGCGCAUCGCAGCUUCCACAGCAGUGAGGUCGACAGAGAGGAAGCCAGAAACAGAAGAGCCCACCUGAUCUCUCUUAACGCUUUUGAGCGUCACAAGAAGUAUGUCAGCGACUACAUCCUCUACUACGGAGGGAAGGUGGAAGACUUGAAGCGCUCAACGGAGAAAGACAAGACCGACCUGGAUGUGGUUCGAGAGAACCACCGGUUCCUCUGGCGGGAUGAAGACGAGGAGGAAAUGACCUGGGAGAAAGCACUGGCCAAGAAAUAUUACGACAAACUCUUCAAGGAGUACUGUAUCGCCGACCUAAGCAGAUACAAGGAGAACAAGUUUGGCUUUCGAUGGCGAACUGAAAAUGAGGUUGUGUCUGGAAAAGGUCAGUUCCAGUGUGGGAGCCGCCGCUGUGAGAAGGAGGAGGAGGUGCUGAAGAGCUGGGAGGUGAACUUCUCCUAUGUGGAGCGAGGAGAGAAGAGGAACGCGCUCGUCAAGCUCCGCCUGUGCCCCGAAUGUUCCUUCAAACUCAACUACCACCACAAACGCAAGGAGGUGAAGGUGAAGAAGAAGGAAGCCAAGAGGAGUUCGCUGGAGAACCAGGAACCAACGAAGAAGAAGGCCAAGAAAGGGAAGAAGAGUAGGAGGAGGUCCAAGUCGUCUUCGGGCUCCAAGAAGCACAAACGCAAAGGCCACAGUAAAUCCAGAGGGGAUACUUCAUCCUCCUCUGGUAGCGCUGAAGAAUCCCAGGACUCAGACAGAGACGCAGAGGCGGCGGACGAGGCUCCAGGCCAAUCGGAUGCCGAGCACUGGCGAGGCCCCGCCCCCGCAGUGGAGGAGAAGUCGAGGGAGGACGAGUUUGACGACUAUUUUGAGGACAUGUUUCUGUGAGCCCGCCGGCUCAGCCCCACCCACCCCACACAGCCCCUCCCCAUCACGGGCCCACAGACGGGACCCUGUUGGGUUCUUUGGUUGUAUUUCUGUUUUUUUGUGUUUUUUGUUUUUUGUUUCACGACAAUUAAAGGCGGCUGGCUUUUACCGUCCCCUACCCUACCCUACCCUCCCCAUCCUCUUGUGGCAAACUUUGACAUAAAUUCCACAAAAAUAAAAUGUGAGGAUUUAUUUUUCAUGCAACUAACCGUUCUAAUAUUGGCAGAAUUACAAUUUUCAUUGUCUCUUGUAACAUUCUAGUAAGUUGUUGUGGUAAGGGGAACGGCCAGAGAAACCAGGGGUACUCCGGGACAAGGACAGAUGGGGAUCCUGGCCUGACUGCGUGUGGUUAGGAUUAACCUCCCAGUGAGCUUGUAUUAGGGUAAUUGCUUUAUCUUCGUCCUCCUCUUGGCCUUGAUUCUGUUUCCUCACCUUACUUUCUUCUACUGAGGGAGAACCUGUGCUUCUAUCCCCGUGACUUUACCCCUGAGGGGCUAUUGAACAGAACCCAUUCAGACAGUAGUUUGGUUUAAAUAGGUCCUGACUUGUUCUCCAUCAUCAUGGUCACUCAUGCUAAAGUACUUACUUGCUUUUAGUAAGUGCUAAAGUAAGUAGUAAGUCGUUUUUUUUUCUUCAAUGCAAAGGCGUAUUUGACACAAGCACGAUCGCCCGUUCUAAAUGGCUGCAAUGGGUGCCAGGUGAUCUCACAUUCCAUUGACGCAAACCCUAUCACCUUCCCUUCAAUUUGAGCCAAUUACGUCCAAGUAUUGUACAACCACCAGGGUUUGAGGCCAUCCCUUUGAUUGGGCUUGGUUUGGUCGGGCUUUACGACCGGACAACACAGUAUUGAGGCCGGCGAUCUGGAGCCAAUCGGCUUUCAGACACGGCUGAUCCUGCUUAGGGCCAGCUAAGAUCACCGCCUGGCUGAUGACUCAACACACACGCGUGCACACACUCGUACGUUUCCUUUUCUUUAUUUUGUAUAUACAGGUUACAUCUGAUGGAACAUACAUUAAUGUACAGCAGCGGUCAGCGAUGUGGAGAUAGCGUUCCUCUCUUCAUGCCGUGUCACCAUUACACAAAACCAACCCAGCGUUGGGUUUGAAUUCAAACUCAUUCUCCCCUGAUCAGAUGUUUAUUUACAUUUAUAACUAACCAGAGAUGCUUCAUUUGAAAUUUGUGCGGAAAAUGUAAUUCCCUGACAACAAAACAGGUGUAUGUAUGUAGCUUGUCCUAGGCCACUUUUAAAACGUACCAUUUAAAAUAUCGAUAUACUCCUAACGAAUUAUAAAGACAAAGCCUUUAGCGGUUUGGCUCACUUGCGUCCAGAACAUGAACACAAGCUGGACUAGAUACACAAGAUAGCCUCAAAGCCAUGGGGAUAGGAUUAGCCUCUGAUCGAUGUCCCGUGGAUUAUAGUGGCGGACAUGUUGCAUAACUCCAGGGGGUCAAAGUCGCGUAAAAGUCGCAAAUCCUCCUUCAGUCCUCUAGACCCGCAUUUGUUGUGGGCCAAAUGUUUUUUGUUUUACAUUUACAUUAUCUCUUUACCGUCGCAACGGGUUCAUGGUUCAUCAGACUGAAAACAAACAGCCUGUGUGAUCGCGUAAUUAGGUCAUGAACUUUGCACUGUGUGAGCAUAAGCAGGCGCUACUGCAGGAACAAGCACAGGAGCCAUCGCCAUGCACAGACAUGAUAGGGCUGGGGUUAGGUCAGCCCUUAUCUUCUCUGCAAGAAGGGUAUUUAAAGCCUUAAGCUGGGGUGGAUCUCCAAAGUUAAUCGUAUCUUCUUGAGCUACACAGCCCUCCUGUUGCUUCAUAGACCUGUUAGCUUUGGACACGUAAAGCUCAGUUUAAGUCCACGUCUAUUUGUCCACAUUUGAAUGACUUAUGUUCGUAUGUGUGCCCACGAUGGAUAUUUAACAAUUGCAAAGUAUUAUCUCUCUUUUUUUCACUACAAUAUUUGGAAGUUCAUAAUAGACAUUUAAGUACAAUUUAAGUAACAAUUACAGAAUUGAAGUUUAGACUAACGUGCAUAUAAAUUGUAUAUAUGUAUAUUGCAAGUUAUUGUAGUCCUGUCUCAUUAUCUGCUUAACAAUAUAGCAGAAAGAAAAGGUUAGCAAGAACCUUACAAAUAAAUGUGUAUCUUGACCUGACCUGAAUAUCGCUACCGAACUGUCAAGCCCUACUGGCUCCCCAUUCAAAAACAGACAAAGUACAAAACAUUUCCUCAGACAAAUAUUCAAAAAAUAAAUAUAUCUGCAUAUUAAAACGUAUCCCCCUGCCACCCAUCGAAACUAUACAUUACCCUCAAUAGCCGCUAGCUAGCUAGAACCAUAAUGAUUAAAACUUGCAUUUUCUGGCGUUCCUGCCCCUUCCUAGUCCACUUCUACCUCUUUUUCUAAAUAUACAAUCCAAUGAAUAUCAAAUCGUUAUUGUUCUUCUGAAGUCGAGUUUAAAAACCAUACAGAAUCUCUUAACUAGGAGUGUCAAUCCCCCAGUAGGUGUAUAGUACCGCCGCCCAACUUCACCAAUGUUCACCAUCGUCACCACCAAGGAUGACAGAAGAGGCUCAACAUUGGUCGUUGUAGCUGGAAUACCAUCCAACAAAUUCAGAGAAUUUCUAAAAACGAGUUAACUGCUCUUGCAUUUGUAAUUGUCUAAUUUGAGUUUCAGUCAGAUUUGGUUAUGCGACCAUAAAUCCCCCUUGAUAACGGUCAAUAUAUAGAGAAUAGAUAACUUCUCACAAAUGUGGUCGAUUUGGAAAACAUAAUUUGCCAGGUACCCACUCACCUUAAGAGGUUAAAGUGUGUCUUCAAAAAACAAAAACAAAAAAACCCCAACAAUAAAUGGGUGUGUCUUAACGAGUCUGAACAAGUCUGAAAACUUCCUCAAAGACCCCACUCCUCCUUACCGCUACUCCGAAACCCAUCGCGAGCCUCCCUGAUCCAGACCACCCAGAAUAUCAGAACCAACCCUGGAUCCAACGCUAGACUAAC